AGCUUCCACCAAAGACUAUGGCACGCCCACCACCUCGAACUCCUCUCCAGAAAUGAACGACUAACACUGCUGAGGGAGUGGAAAAGUUAAAAAAAAUAAGAAGAAAGGAAAAAAAAGAAAGAAAAGAAAAAAAACGAAAAGAAAAUCUCCAAGUCCGCCCACUUCUUCAUUACAUCCUUUCACUCCCUCUUCCAAGAUUUAUAUUCCUGAACCAUUCGUGGUGGCAAUUCCUGGGCUGUGAGAGGAAUUUCGAGGUCUGCGUCAACUGGGAUAACGAAAGUGGACAUUAUUUCAAAUAUUUCAUUGAAUUUGAUCAGCGUUUUUCCAUAGUCUCAUCCAGAGAGAUAGAUCUUCACUGGAUUCACAACUCAGACACAUUUGAAGAUUCUUGUAGAGCAUCUGUGAGAGGAAGGAGGCUGCUGCAACCUAAGGCCUUUGUGGGUCUGGAACUCAGGAAUCUCAGUUUCUGCAAUCUUGACCCUUACUGAAGUGCACCGGUUCCAGGAACCCAUCAAAUUUGAGUGAUAUUUGAAAGCCCUUUGCUACGGUGAGAUUAAUGAAGAGCUGUCCUGUAUUCUUCAAGAAGCUGGUAAUAUUUAUUUCAGUCAGCAAGUUAUUCUAAACAAGAACAGUGUCUGAGUGGCAAGUUAUUCUAUCCAAGGACGGUGUCUGAGUGUGUACCGGCUAAUAGUAAAGUUCCCUAAACUAGGUUUAUGAUGAUGGAUGAAAGAGACCCAUCCUCGCUUUUGGAUCUGGCUAUACAGAGUCUACUAAGUAAUGAGCUUGUAGCAAUUCAUUCUCUGGGGGAGAUCCCAAGGGAGCUUUUUGUUCCAUUGUUCUCUGCUGCCUUCACGGGAGGAUAUAGGAAGAUACUGACUUCAAUGGUGAAGAUUUGGCCUUUUACCUGUCUCCACAUUGGAACAUUAAGUGUACAGGAACCCCAGCGUGAACUCCUGAAAGCCAUGGUUGAGAGUCUUCAGUUUCUUCCUGCCCAGGACUGUUCUUCUGGGGGCCCUAAGUUGAGGAUCCUAGAUGUAAGGCAGGGUGUUGACUGCAAGACAACAUGCCCUGAUUUUGGUGCCAGAUCUCCAACUUGUUUUCAUGGUUGUACUCACUCUGUACACUCUAUUCUGAAGUUAGAAAGCCAGUACAGCAUUGUAGAUCUAAAGCCCGAGAGUCAGUCUGCAAUCCAGCCUAUGGAACUACUAGUAGACCUUUCCCUUGAUGGUACCUUGAGAGAAAGGGAAUUUUUUGCUUUGCUUCUGAAUAAAGUACAGCAGAGCUCAGGGUCUUUGCACCUCUGCUGCCGAGAUCUACAAAUUGAUAGAUUUUCUUAUGCCAAAAACGCUCUGAAGUUCCUCGAUCUAACUUGCAUUCAGAACCUGACAGUUGAUCAGGCUUCACUGAGUGAAGUCACCACUCUUCUGGCUCGCAUGAUCUAUCUGGACAGCCUGAGUCUCUCUAAAAUCACUUAUAGAUCUUUGCAUGGGAAAGUCUUCCGAGUGUUCCUCAACUAUCUUGGGCGGAUGAACUGCCUGAAAGAGCUCAACCUGUCUUCCUUUAGCCUCACAGACCAUCUGGAUAGCCUCCUCAGAGCCUUACCACCUAAUUUGGAUUUCUUGUAUCUGCCGUUCUGUGAAAUUUCUUACAGAGAUCUCAAAUUUCUAUCCCAGAGUGCUCAGGCCACCCACUUAAAGCUGUUGAAUCUUAGUAACAACCCAAUGUAUUGGGAUGAUUGUGGGCCUUUUCAGACUCUUUUGCAGAAGCUCUCAGAUACCUUGCAGCAUCUGGCCAUAAACCAUUGCCAUUUAACAGAUGCCAUACUCUCUGCUAUUCUGCCAGCACUAUCUAAGUGUUCCCAUCUCCGUGUGAUUAGCUUUGUCUCUAACCCCAUUUCAAUGCCUAUGCUCCUGAAAAUUCUUCAUUACUUAACACCUUUGAUGGAGCUGAAAUACGUGAUUUACCCUAUCCCUAUACAUUGCUAUGAACAAUGGCAAUUUCAUGGCAGAUUAGACCGGCAGAAGCUCACCGAUGUCCAAGCACAACUGAAGGCAAUGCUACAAGCAGCAAAAAGGAGUGACAUGAACUGGAUCACUUAUUCUCAGUAAACUUCCAAGUUUAACUCCAUCUCAAGCUCCAAAUUUGACCUGUUAUCUGUUCAAUGUUCUUUUCUCGAGCUUCAAGAAUCUGAUGUAAGAAUUCGUACGUUAUAGACGAUUAAAGUUAGAAACUGAUCAAAAACAUUAACUCUAA